CCGUGACAUUUCAGCAUUAUCCUCUAACACACGGAAAAUGGAUGAUAAUAAAGAAACUGAUUCCAAAGAAACUGGAGAAUAUGAAGAUGACUUUGAAAAGGACCUGGAGUGGUUAAUUAAUGACAAAGAACAAAGUGAUGUGGCUUGUGGGAAUGAAGAGAACAUUAGCCAAGAAUCAGGAGAGAAAGAAACAGAAGCAGAACCCACAGAGCAGCUUCCCGACCCUGAGGGCGCAUCACCCAGGAGAAGCGACUUCAUUUCUGUGCCAAGCAGCCAGCCUUUGGAUCCCAUAUCAGAUUCCGACAGUGACACCUCCUUCCAGGAAUGCAGACUGGAAAGCCAGAAGGACCCGGAGGAAGAUGAAGACGAGGAAGUAAGGAGGUACAUUAUGGAGAAGAUUAUUCAGGCCAACAAGAUUCUGCGGGAUCAAGAACCCGUGAGCGAGAAGAGGGAGAGGAAACUGAAGUUCAAGGACAAAUUGGUGGAUCUAGAAGUUCCUCCACUGGAAGACGCUGACAGCUACAAAAAUUAUGUUGAAAAUGAAAGUAACGUGUCUGGAAAACUGUCACAGUUACGUAUUUCUGAUGAAUCUGGACAGGAAAACGUGCUCCUGUCGCUUGCCAAUGGGAGCUGUGAGGAAGGCAAGGAUAGGAAGAUACUAGUAGAGAGAGACGGGAAGUUUGAGCUUCUGAAUCUACAGGACAUCGAGAGUCAGGGGUUUUUGCCCCCCAUUAGCAAUGUGAACAGUACAGAAAAUGAACCUCAGCAGUCACCCAGAUCUUCCAGCUCAUCUGUCAGUGGUGUCAAGAAAGAAGAGCCUGCAGCAAAGAGUAACGGCUCGCCAGCAGAGGAGCCCCUGGCUUUCGUCCCUCAGCCCCCACCCAACCCCAAGACUCGCCCAAGCUCCGCUGCCCACUUAGAGCUGAGUAAGGGGAACGGGAAGGCCAGUCACAGGACACAGUCUGCAAAUGCAUCUUCAGUGACCUCGACGUACUGUCUUUCCCCGCGACAGAAGGAACUGCAGAAACGGCUAGAACAACGGAGAGAAAAGCUGAGGAGGGAGGAGGAGCAGCGCCGAGCCGAGGAGGAGCGCGCGCGGCAGCGCGAGAACGAGGCCGUGUUCCGCGCCUGGCUGCAGAGGAAGCGCGGGCAGGUGGCCGAGACCCGGCGCGUGCAGCGGGCCAAGCAGAUCGAGGACCUGGGCGGCAGGCAGGAAAACAGAGAUCCACAACAAGCUUUUCGACUAUGGCUUAAAAAGAAGCAUGAAGAGCAGCUGAAGGAAAGAAAGACAGAAGAACUGCGAAAGCAGGAGGAGUGCUUGUUCUUUCUUCAAGGGACAGAAGGCCGGGACAGGGCCUUUAAGCAGUGGCUCAGAAAGAAACGGAUAGAAAAACUAGUGGAGCAGGAAGCUGUCAAGGAAAGAAGCAGGCAGCUCCGACUGGAAGCGAAGCGUUCUAGACAGUUACAGAGCCAACUAUGUAACAUGUACGAAGCCAAAUCUUUUCGUUUUACUGACCAGCACAACUGAAGGUAUCUAUUAAAUACUUCAUUUUGAAGCCACUAUCCUCAGAAUUUUGAUGUUAUUUUUUUAUGGCUGUGUGCUUUGGUUAGUCUUUAAAUUAUGGACAUGGUAUGUAUCUUUGUGGUGAUGUUGACAGUGAUUUUUUUU